UUUUUUUUUCCUGCUUUGCAUUCUUGUAAUGACUGAGCAAAUAAAGACAAUCGGAGACUAGGAAACCUUAACACACACACACUUAGGUGAGAGUGGAUGGCGGUGGGUCGACACGGCUAACAAUGGAGGCUAGUUGCGGAUCAUGUGAGGGGAUCAAAGUGUAUCAUCGUCAUCCGGCGGCAUGUGGCGGAAUGCUACUUCAACUUUGCGUCUUUUUGCUGGGAUUGGUUCUAAUGGCUUGUAACUGCUGAUGUCUACAUUUCAAGCUGUUUUUAACUUCCUCACUAAGGCUUACAUUAAGUCUUUUCCCCGCACGAUAUCCAAUGAGAUGCUAUGAUGGGGUUGGAUGGCAUGGAAAUUAUUGCUAUUGCAGUUGUUGUUGGGAUGUUUUAUUUCGUGCUGAAACAAUUCGGGAUUUGCGACCCUUUGUCGCAGGAAGACAGCAGCGACAGCGACCUCGAACUCUCCAUGGUACGUCAUCAACCCGAGGGCCUUGAGCAGCUCCAGGCGCAGACUCAGUUCACCAGAAAGGAGCUUCAGUCCCUUUACAGAGGCUUCAAAAAUGAAUGUCCCAGUGGGCUUGUGGAUGAAGAAACCUUUAAGACGAUUUACUCACAGUUCUUCCCUCAAGGAGAUGCCACAAUGUACGCACAUUUCCUCUUCAACGCCUUUGACAUGGACAGAAGCGGAGCCAUCCGAUUUGAGGACUUUGUGCUGGGCUUAUCCGUACUGCUUCGAGGUUCGGUGACGGAGAAGCUACGCUGGGCCUUCAAUCUUUAUGACAUCAACAAGGAUGGCUACAUCACGAAGGAGGACAUGUUGGCAAUAAUGACGUCCAUCUAUGACAUGAUGGGCAGGUACACCUUACCCAGCGUACGAGAAGAUUCCCCCUAUGAACAUGUGGAGAAAUUCUUUCAGAAAAUGGAUCGGAACCGGGACGGAGUGGUGACCAUUGACGAAUUCAUAGAAACCUGCCAAAAGGAUGAGAGUAUUAUGUCAUCAAUGCAACUAUUUGAGAACGUCAUCUAACUUCAGGAAGAAGGACUGCAAACGUCUCAGCCUAAUGUAAACCUUAGAAAUCACUGUAGGGUUUUGUUUUUUUUAAAUACUGUAAUUCCUUAUACAGAUGUAAUGAACAGCAAGCCGCUGAUGUGGAUCCCGAUCGCAGAUUCUGAAACCAGGAAUAGUGAAUACUGUAUGUUUGUAUUUAAUAAAAAGAAGUGAAACCAAAGGAGCACGCCAAAAAAAAAAAAAAAGCAAAGUACCGUAUUUUUCAGACUAUAAGUCGCAUUUUUCUGCAAAAAUCUAGGUCGUCACAUCUCUCUCCUCUUGUCUUAUAUUGCUUAGUAUCGAACUUCAUUUCUACAGUAAUGUAACAGGAAAUAUAUCAUUAGCCUUAAAAAUAUUGAAAAUGUUCGUUUUGGCCUUUGUUGUCCAGGGGCGGAGCUUAAAAAAUGUUUAUGGGUUGGUGAGAGGGAGGCAGCAACUUUUUGAGGGUGGCAAAUAUUUUUAUGGCUGUAUAAUACAUCAUCAAUUCAUUGGACGAUAAUACGAUAUUCUGUGACGAUUCAAUUCAAAGGCCUUCAAUUGAUUUAAUACAAAAUGAUGAAGACAAUUAACACGAUCAGUUCCAAUUUACAUAAAGCAAUAUAGAAAAUACUCAUCAGUUUUGAUGUGUGACAAAUUAGUUGAUUUUUUUUUUUUUUUUUUUUUUUUACGAAACGGCAUACUGAAAAUGAUCAUUUUGCAUUUUGAUUGCGUAACAUUCAAUUUUGCUUAAUAAGUUGAUAUAUUGAUCCAUAUCGAUAAAUUAUUGUCGAUAUAUUGAUCCAUAUUGAUUAAUUGUUGCACCCCAGUGUCAACAUUUGGCAGAUGUGUACACAUAUUUGCUAAGAAAUCGUGUGUAGACACUACAAAAAGUGACAUUUGCAAACUGAUAUAGAAACUUUUAUUUAUAUUAUAUAUAAUUUUAUAUAGUAUGUAUAUACCUAUACUAUACUUUAGGGGUGGGAACCUCAGGGCACCUCACGAUACGAUACGAUUCGCGAUACAAGGCUCACGAUAACGAUUAUAUCACGAUACAGCGAUUAUCGAUAUAUUGGUCGGAAAUUGGAUACAUGACAUUCUACGAUACAACUGUUGAAACGAAAAAAGAAAAAAAAAAGAUAUUUAAAAAUAGAAAAAAUACUGUAAGUCAUUUAUUAAACAGUGACACCUUUUCUGUGCAACAUUACUGUAAAAUAUAAAUCUACUGCAAAUUGUGCCCCUGCACAUAUAGAGGAAACCAACCACGACCACUGAUAUCGCUUGGAGAGAUCAUGAUGAAUGGCACCCUUAAUUUCUUUAAAGUUUUAAAUCUUUAAAAAAAAAAGUAAAUAAAAAGUGCCGUAGGUGUCAGCAGUUGAGCUUGGAGUGGGGCAAUGAUAAAAUUGGUGGGUCUUUUCUUCGUAUAUGACCUUUGUUGCUUGGUUUGAGCACUUCUUCAGCAUUUAAGAUGUCAGACUUGCUCAGUCAGUCUUCCUCACCUUAAAAACAACAAAAUAAAACAAAAAAUAUUAGCUACUUCAUAGCGUUUGAGUUGAAAUCCUGAUUUUUUUUUUUUUUUUUGUGUUGGAAGUAUUGAAUUAAAAAAAAUAUGAAUUGAAUGUAUAGAAAUUAAAAAUUCAAUAAUUACCUAUUUUUAAUAUGUAGGCUACAUCAAUAAUUACCUAUUUUUAAUAUGUAGGCUACAUUAAUUAUCAUGCACAUCACUUUAUAUAUCUUGGAACCUAUUCAAACCAUUUUUAUAGCUUAUUGUAUCAAAAUGACAGUAAUAACAGUUUGUGUAGUAAACUGGAUGGAAAUUGGUUCUCAAAUCGGUAAAUUCAUGUGGGCUUGUUCGAUAUUCAUUUUCAUCCAGUUUAGGGUCCUGGUUCAUUUUAUAUCAUUCAACACCAAAUGUCAUCAAAAUAAUACAUGUAAAUUAAAAAGUCAAUUACAUUGCAAAACUUUCUUACCUCAAGUGAUGAAAGCGAAGCUCACAAACUCCAGCGUCCACUACGUCACCAGCUCCCAGUGAAACUUAUUUUUCUUAGACAAUUCUUGCAUACAGCAAAGUCCUUGUUCACCUUACUUCCUUUCUUGUUGGUGUAAAAUCUAAAGUGUGUCCCCAUGUGUGAUUUGUAGCAAUAUUUUUCUCAUUUUUUCCUCCACCGUUCUCACGGAGCUUUAUUUUUUCAACCCACUUGGAGCUUCCUCUCUUCUUCUCUAGACAACUUGUGCGCACUUUACCCUCACCGCUACUCCCGAGCGCCCCUAGUGGACCACCAAGGAAUUGCUCAACAAACAUUGAGCAGUUUACAGCAUCCAUACUCCUUUGUAUGGCCAAUAUGUUAAAUAAAAGUAUCGAUUCUUGGCGGGAGCAUAUCGAUAACCCAUCGGGUUGCAAAAUAUCGCGAUAUAUCGCUGUAUCGAGAUAUUGUCACACUCUUACUAUACUUACUAGUACUAUACUCAUACUAUAAUAUACACAACCCCUAGCAAAAGGUAUGGAAUCACAAGUCUCGGACGAGCACUCACUCAGACAUUUUAUCAUGUAGAACAAACUCGGAUAAAAAGCUUGAAAAAAAUAAUAGAAUUAGUUCAAAGGUGCAACUCUUUAGCAUUCAGAAACUCUAAAAGAAAUGAAUAGAAAACAUUGUGGUGGUCAGUAAAUGUUACUUUUAUAGAGUAAGUGCAGGGAAAUAUGGAAUCACUCCAUUCUGAUGGAAAAAAAUAUGGAAUCAUGAGAAACAAACAAAGAAAUAACAAUCAAAACACAUCUCUAGUUUUUAGUAGCGCCACCUCUGGCUUUUAUGACAACUUGCAGUCUCUGAGGCAUGGACUUCAUGAGUAUUCUUCAUCAAUUUGGUGCCAACUCUCUUUGAUUGCAGUUGCCAGAUCAUCCUUGGAGGUCGGAGCCUUGCUGUGGACCUUUUUUUUUUUUUUCAAUUUCCACCACAGGUUUUCAAUAGGGUUGAGAUCUGAGGUAUUUGCAGGCCAUGACAUUGACUGGAUGAGUCUUUCUCCAAGGAAUGUUUCAACAGUUUGAGCUCUGUGGCAUGAUGCAAUGUCAUCUUGGAACAUGACAAAUAUAUUUUCAGUUGAAGGGAUAAGAAAGCUGUCUAAAAUUUCAAUGUAAACUUGUGCAUUUAUUGAAGAUUUAAUCACAGCCAUCUCCCCAGUGCCUUUGCCUAACAUGCAGCCCCAUAUCAUCAUGGACUGAGGGAAUUUCGAUGUUUUCUUCAGGCAGUCAUGUUUGUAAAUCUCACUGGAACAGCACCAAACCAAAGUUCCAGCAUCAUCACCUUGUCAAGAGUCAAGAAUCUGCAUUGGACAAGGUGACAAUAACACUUGCUGAAUGAAACUAAAAUAAAAAUGAAAUCAGUUUCAUCUUCUAUAACAGUAAUUCAAAUUUGUGUUCAUAAAGAGCUGCUGAUACAGCAAUAACAAUCCACAGUUCCACACAAACAAUUAGCAAGUAUCAGUUAGCGUUCACACAUUAGGGCUGCAGCUAUCAAUUAUUUAAGUAAUCGAUUAAUCUAUUAAUUAGUUUGAAUAAUCAAGUAAUCGGAUUAGGAGCAUUUAAUGCAUUGCAAAUCAAUUUUAGGAGAUGUAAAACAAAGGCUUGCUAAUAUUGCUCUUUCAAAAGAGCAUUGAAUGGGAAUACAAAACAAAAUUCCCAAGUGUUUUUUUCAAACUAUGCAGAAUUGCACUUUCAUUUCACAAGAGCAAUAAAUGCAUUUAAAAAUCCAUUUAUAUACCUGAACUUUGCCUCAAACAGUAUAAAAAAAAUUCAUGAAUGAGAAUCGAAGUACAACAUCAGAACAAUUGGUUAACUUGCAGAGCAAAAGUCUGCUUGCUUAAAUGCUAUAAAACGCUUUUUUUUUUUUUUUUUUUACAAUUAUCUUAACAAAUCCUUCAAACCUAUUCCCACAAAAAAAAAAAAAUGUACCUCUAAACUUAGCUUAUGUUGGUCUUAACAGGGAGCAGCUGGAUUCAGACAUGUGAAAUGAGUUAUGUCAUAUUCACUGUCACCACUUGAGGGCAGUGUAGCCACUCAAAUCUAAAGUAAAUGCAAACACCUUCAAAACAAACCAUUGCAACGGCACUUUAAUUAAACGAAUCCUCGAAGCAGCAAAAUGUGAUUCGAAGCUUUUUCUGAUCGAAUUACUCGAGUUAAUCGAUUAAUCGUUGCAGCACUACCACACAUCAUUAAAAAUAAUCUGAUAAACUCGGUCCAUAUAUUCGACCGCAAUUGACAACGCACAAUAAACACAAAAAGCUUCCUGCACGAAAAUAACAGCAUACAACACAAAACAAGAGUGAACGAUAUUUUUUUUUUUAAAAAAACACUGGAGGCAAAAUGGCGGACAAGACUCCGGCGUCGUAAAGUCGAAAUCACUUAUGUCCAUUACGUCGUAACCCGGGGACUAUCUGUAUACUCUUUUAUAUCAUUAUUAUUGAUUAUAAGGAUACUCUCUUGCACCACUACUUAAUUGAUGUAAGUAAAUGUCAAAUUAAAAUUUUUAUCGGUGCCAACUGUGGUGGCGAUUGAAGUGUCACGCCUAUCUUUUAGGGUGGCAGUGCCUCUCCAUGCCAUCCUGGUGGAUCCGCCCCUGCUUGAGUCCUGGAGAGAUGCAUGAAAAAUUGCCAAAUUUUUUAAAUGUUCAAAAGGUUUCCCUUGCAAGAUAAAAACCUGUGGCUAAAAACGCAAUAAAACAGAUCUUUGUGCAGCCUAUGUCAGUUGAUUCACAUGGUUAAAUACUGCGAACAAAAGUGUAUCUGUUUCAAGUUUUCCCUUAAAGGGAACACAAUAUUGAGCAAUGCUCCAAGGACCCCGAAAAUGUGACAAUGCUUUGUGAUUUCAUUGGACAGAAAUGUCUGUUAACAAUUAUCUCUGUUGUUCGACACCCGCUGGACUCUUGCGUUCUCGUGCAAAACACUCCGUGCAAACACAGCACUGGUUCAUUAAGUCGUUGCCGUCUGCCGCGUUGUCUGGGAUGAAUCACAGGCCCUGAAGCCAUUUAUGCCAUCUCUUAAUCAGACUAUAAAGAAACCACAUGCCAAGCAACCAGCUAGUGGUUUUUACUGUAAAUGGGUUAGACAGAGGAUAUGGACUUGGAAGUGAAUAAACCACUGUAUACUUUUUUGUGAUGUUGACAAAAAUCACCAAAACUGUUCAAACCUAUAAAUCAACUAUCACACUGAAUUUGGCAUAAAUGAAGUCCAAUGUUUCUUGUCUCGUGGUUCAAACAUGUUUUCUUAAGUUGUAUGUACCAUAAUUUUCAGACUAUAAACCUCUACUUUUUUCCCUCAUUUUGAAUC